AUGUCCUCUCAAUUUGAUCAGCUCCCGAGCGGGGAAUUCCGCGCAACGGUGGAAGAUGACGGCCUCGACGCCGACUACAGCAUGAUCGCAGAGUACCCCGAGGAAGUCGACUACUACGUUCUUCUAGGUCUCUCGAGAAAACCACCUCCAACCGACGCCGACAUCCGAUCAGCCUACCGCAAUUUGACUCUCAGCUUUCAUCCGGACAAGCAGCCGCCGCACCUCCGCGAUGCCGCGGAGAGCCAUUUCAGACAUAUCCAGGAGGCGUAUGAGACGCUUAUUGAUCCCAACAAGCGAACUGUAUAUGAUAUAGCUGGUGCUGAAGGCGUUCGGCAGGAAUGGGGUCAACUUGGGGCCAUGGGUGUUGGAGGAGAGGCACAAAGGCAAGAGGUUGGCGUUAAGGCGAUGUCGCCGGAUGAAUUCCGACGGUGGUUCUUGAAGACGAUGAAGAAACGCGAGCGAAAAGCUGUUGAGAGCUUAGUUUCUAGUCGGGGCAGCAUCACCUUAGGAGUCAAUGCCUCCUCGAUGAUCUCAGUUGAUGAGGAUGAAGAUGUGACGUUCCAUAUACCUUCGCCGAAGGUGACAACAUAUGGUGUUUCGUAUAACUUCCGGACACCGGUGUCAAUUCCGCAACUUUGGACGACAGAGAAAGAUGAAGACAGUCAAAAUGCCGAGGACACCGAAGAAGUGCAAGAUGAGAAACUCGAGGAUAUACAGGUGACUUUGAACGCCGGUAUCGCCGGCGGUUUGGCUCGCCCCAUGAAGAAAGUCACAAUCGAGUACGAGGAUGGAACAGAGGGAGACGAAUCAAUUCAAAUGCCGCCAAUUGUCGCCUCUCAAAACUUCCAAUUUGGAGCUACCGUGAGGCCCAAUUUCAAGAACUUAGUGGGAACUAAGGGAAUCUGGGCCAAGCAUCCUUUCUCGCUUCUCAGAGAUUCUUCGGUUACUAUAGAUGCUCUUCUUCUUCCCACGCCAACUGUUAAGGUGAACCUUGCUAGAGCCUUCCAGCCGCUCCCUGGCAUCAAGCCAUUCCAGGUCAGCGCGACCAGUAUACACACGCGCUCCCUGUUGGAAACGCCACCUUCUCUUGAAGUUCAAGUCUCGAAAGAGAUUGCAAAGAGGAAGAUCGGUGUCUUCACAUGGUCCAGCGGCUUGAUUGACUGGCCCGAAUUUCUUCAAGAGCGUUUUUCUUCACUCGGAAUGUCAGCUCAGAGUGCCGUGGCUUCUAUGAACGAGGUCAGCAACCUGCAAAUUGGCUUAAUAUCGCUACCAUCCGAAAAUACUAUGGAGUUUAACGAUGAUGACGAGGAGAGUGAAGAACUGGACGAGGACACCCGGCAUCUCCUCACGAAGAAACGCAAUAUCAACCGAUCAGCCGAAUCAUGGCAGACUCAUCUUCAGGUGUCACCUGGAGGUGGUGGGCUUGUCUUGACUUAUUCGCGGAAUCUCUUCUCCGGAAAGCCCGCUGAUGACCCCGUAAAGACUGAAUGGAGCUCCGAGGGCUAUUUCCCGAUGCCAACUAUGGACCAGGCGCGGGCUGUCCGACUCGAGAUCUCAAGUGUUCUCGGGUUAGACAUGUCUUUGCAAUGGACCAUCAAGGGCGUUCGCCGGGUUGGCGAAUACACCCGUGUUGGCCUCGGAAUUGGCAUCGCAGAUAAGGGUAUUAUGAUGACAGUCUCAUGGAGCCGACUCGGUCAAAACAUCAACCUGCCAAUCAACGUCUGCCCGGCCAACGAGGCAACAAGUGGCGCCGCAGCGCUGGCUGCCAUCUUCCCCUGGCUAGCCUACUGCGCAGUUGAAUUUGGGUAUAUUCGCCCACGCGAUAGGAAAAAGCGUCGACAGGCAGCUGCCAAGCGUCACCGUGAACUGACGAAGCUCAUUCCCAAGAAACGCGAGGAGAGCCUCCAGGCCAUCGAGCUCAUGUCGGAUCAAGUACAGAGACGGCAAGCUCGAGAGGAAGCACAGGACGGCCUUAUCAUCCUGAAGGCUGAGUACGGGUAUAUACCGCCAGUAAAUAAGAAACCCAAGAAUGGGUUCACGGAGCCUCGGGUGAUUGAUGUCACUAUUCCUGUAGCUGCACUCGUCAAUCGGGGACAAUUGGUGAUUCCCGGAAAGUCAAUCAAGUUCCAAAUCCUGGGUUUCCAUGACCCUGCGCCAUUGUUGCCCAAGCGGUUGAAGAUCUGGUAUAAAUUCCAGGGGCGUGAACACUACGUCGAGACAGGUGAUAAAGAGGACGUCGUUUGUCCCAUGCGUACGCAUUUGAUGUCUGUUUAG